GGCAGCCACGACGGCUGCUGGGGACCGACGGAGUGAAGAAACCGGACGGACGGCCCUUCUAGGAAGAGAAGAGCGAUCGAGAAAGGGAAGGUGGCACCCUGGAAGAGAACUUGCAGCAGCACGCCUCUCCUCCCAGCCGGCGUGAGCAGGUUUGCUGAGGAAAAGGUUCCCAGGGACAAUGGACCAAGAAGGAAAAGCAGCCCCUAGGACCUUCACAGUCCAGGAUAAAGGAUGGGCCUGGAUGGUCUUAAUAUCUACUGUGCUGGUUCAAGGCCUUACACUGGGCUUUCCUUCCUGCAUCGGGGUCUUUUUCAAAGAUCUGCAACAUGAUUUCCAAGCUAGCAAUAGUGAGACAUCAUGGUUCCCCUCCAUCAUGACAGCUGUGCUGCAUGCAGGCGGGCCCCUCUGCAGCAUUCUGGUGGAGCGAUUUGGCUGCAGGACCACUGUCAUGCUUGGAGGCCUCCUCAGCGGGGUGGGCAUGGUUGCCAGCGCAUUCUCCCAAUCCAUUGGCCAGCUUUAUGUAACAGCUGGAUUUAUCACUGGACUAGGGGCAUGUUUUAGUUUCCAGGCAGGAGUCACUGUGCUUGGCUAUUAUUUUGUACGCCGUCGAGCUCUGGCUAAUGCUCUGGCCUCCACUGGUGUCUCCAUUGGCUUCACGCUGUGGCCACUGCUCUCCCAGUAUUUGCUUGAUGAGAUGGGCUGGAGAAAUACUUUCUUCGUGUUUGGGGGAGUGAUGUUGCACUGCUGCGUUUGUGGGGCUAUGAUGAGACCAGUACCAGUCAAACCGCCUGCCCCAUCAUCUAAGUCUGGUCCUGGACAUUUAGCCGAAGACAUACAUUUAUCCAAUGGCUUGACUCAUGAGGUGCACCUGCAUCGGUCAAGGUGUGAUACUUGCGUCCAGACACUGCAGAAGUACCUGGCUUUUGAUGUCUUCUGCAAAAACAAAGGUUACCGCAUCUACACCAUUGGAGUGGCCUGGAUGGUGAUGGGUUUUGUGCUGCCAAUGAUCUAUCUGGUGCCCUACGCCGUCUUGAAUGGGGUGGAGGAGCGCAAGGCAGCCCUUCUCAUCUCCAUCAUUGGAUUCAUUAACAUCUUCAUGCGCCCCAUGGCAGGCCUGCUCUCAGGCCUCAAGAUCUUCACUGGCCGGCGGAUCUACCUCUUCAGUGGUGCUGUGGCGCUCAAUGGCCUGAGCAACCUCAUCUGUGCUAUCUCAGCUGAGUACAGUGCUUUCAUCCUCUACUGUGUGGUCUACAGCAUCUCCAUGAGUGUUCUUGGUGCACUUAUUUUCCAGGUGCUGAUGGAUGUGGUAGAGAUGGACAGGUUCUCCAGUGCCUUGGGCCUUUUUACCAUCUUAGAGAGUAUCACCAUUCUCAUUGGGCCCCCUCUUGCAGGUCUUCUUGUGGACCUUACAGGCCAUUUUAGUUAUGUCUUCUAUGCUUCUAGCUUCUUCAUGGUGACAGCAGCUCUGUUCAUGGGUUUUAGCUUUUGCACCAUGGAAGCAAAGAAUAGAUUGACGGAGACUCAUAAUCCAACUCCUGAGAACCCUUCCAGAGGCAAAUAUACAGAAGUGCCAAUGGAACUUGGGCCUGAGAAGAAUCGAUCUCCUGCAGUCAUUUAUGUGACCAGCAUCUGAAUCCAGAGGAGCUGGAUGUUGCUAAUGCAAGAGCUCUGAAAGCAGAGGAGCAAAAAACACAACCCCCCAAAGUACAGUUCCUCCUUUCUAAGAUGCCAGCCUCCUCUCUGUUGUGAUCUUCUGCUUGGCUGUGUGGAGCCCUGAUUUCUAGAUGAAGAAUCCAGAUCAGAAGAUGUACAUUGAAGAGCAUGCAGAAAGCCAAAGAGCCUUUUGCAGAAAAAAAAAUGACAUGCUGCAAGCCAUGGGGUGGGCAAAGAUCAUCACUGUCCCAUCUGACACCUGCAUUACUUGAAGCUUAACCAUUUAUAUUAUCAGUUACUUGUGAUACAUUUUGGUUUUUAAGACUGGAAGGACUUCAUCCAUUGGUUUAUGUAAUCACUGCAGUAGCUUCCUGAUAGAGUGGCAUAAGCGUACCAAUGAAUGAAUAAUACCACGUCAGCCAGAAUAAUACCACUAAACUCACGAUGAAAUCGACUGGUCACUUCCCCCCCCCCCCCAAGCACCAGGGAGGAUAUCUUGUUUUUAAUACUGCUGGGGUCUUCGAAUAUAGCACGGAAAUGUUCAUGCUUGCCACACACUUUGAGGCGGGCUCCUGUGAAAUCAGUUUCGUAUGUUUCCACUUUCAGCAGCCUGAUGAGGAACAGGUGGGGUUAUAUGUACUAGAAGUAACCAAAGUCAAUUAUUUCUGCAUUUCUAGGGUAUUUUCAAGAACUGUAAAGGCUUAAAACUGAAGCCACAGAGCAUAGCAAACCCAACCUACUCCAAAGUGCCUGCAUAUGGGUCACCAAUGGUGUCUUAAACCCCUUUUGAUCUACGCUGCAGAAAAUAAAAGGUCAGGGCUGAUAAAAAGGAAUGGCCAUGUUGUUUUUCCAGGAAUACCUUCCAAGCCUACCAAACCGUGGCAAUUGUAUGCAUGCCAGUGGAGAGGUAUGUUUAGGUUUAUCUCCAGUGGGGCAUCUUCACCCUUGGAAGUCUACAAGGCUCUAUCUAGAGCAAACUCAGAAGAUUUACAUAAGCUAUAUGAGGGUGAUAAUUACACGUGGGUAAUUUGGUCAUCUGUGUGUAUGUGAAUGCUUAUACAGGAAUAUCAAGGAUGACCAGUGCCAGCCUUAGAUGUAAGCACGCACAAAGCAAAAGGUCAAAAAUGAAGACACACUUUCCCUGCUCUUGUCUGAAGGUUACGGUUUUCUAAAAUGAUCUGCAGAAGUAGGUGGUUAGGGAAAUGGCAACCGCUCUGGAAUCUCCUUCCUGCAGAGUGACUGAUGCCAAGGCCAGCCUUAAAAUCCACCCAAGAUGUUUGCUGAGCUGGCUGCCAGAGUUAGCUAGCUUUGCCAAGUCCUCCAGAAUUGAUCCACUCUUCCAAUGCUUGUCAAAAUAGCAGUGUUUGAACUGGAAUACAACUCUGCUUUAAUUCUCCUCGCCUUGCUUGCUUUUCAUGAUUCCGGCCCCUCAUCUUACAUUCUGUUCUUCUAGUUCUGCUAUCUCUGAAAACACUGACCUGAAGGUUGUUAGCAUGUUUUAAGGUAUUUAGAAAGACGAAAGUCUGAAAUGGUUUCAAAUGGAAAGGAACACUGUCUAGGGACUCUAGUAUUUUCUAAAACAGAAAGCUGUGAGAGGUCAUCAAUGGCAUCAGGAGGUAGCCCAGUUAUACAGUUGUUGGGGUCUAGCCAGAUAGACCUACAUUAAUCCACUUGAGGGCCAAAUUGGGGGCCUAUGUCUGUAGGGCCAACCGAAGAGAGUUUGAUAUUUGAGGCAGAAAAUCCCAAUGGGACCUCCUUCUCGAUUAAGUAAUUCAAGGCGUAAUCUACUGGGAAGUUUUCCUGCAUACACGUAAUUGACAUGAAUGAGAGUUGCACAAGAACAUGGUUGUCACAUUCCUCUCAAUGGGGCUUAUAUGGGAGAGUUUCCCAGAAAAUUAUGCCCCAUCCAUCAGAUCUGGUUGUCUCCCACUGUUACUGCGCUUAGUCAUAGCCAAAAUGUGUGUACACAAGCAAAUACUGUCAGAGGAGGCCGGUCAUUUAGGAUGCGGUCACACACACUAAA